AUGACCAUUCAAGACCACUCCACCAUCACCACCUCCAGCGCCCGGCGUCCGCAAGACCACGCCCUCAUCGGCCAAGCCGCAAAGAUCCCCGCCCCCGCCCCCGAGCAAACCAUCUCCAUCAGCCCGGUGAUCCUGCCGGCCCCCAACCGCAUCAUCGACCUGCACAUGCGCAUCACCGCCCCGAGCACCACCGACAACAGCCCGGGCCCCCUCCCCAUCAUCCUCCUCUCGCACGGCCACGGCCCCUCGAACCACCUCUCCUCGCUUCACGGCUACGGCCCACUGGCCUCCUUCUGGGCCGCGCGGGGCUUCAUCGUCGUCCAACCGACCCACCUCAGCUCCAAGUCCCUCAGCCUCGACCCCUCCGUCGCGGGCGCCCCACUGUUCUGGCGCUCCCGCGUGGACGACAUGAAACUGAUCCUCGACCACCUGGCGCUCAUCGAGGAGCUCGCCCCGACCCUCAAAGGCCGAAUGGACCACACCCGCAUCGCGGUGGCAGGCCACUCGAUGGGGUCGCACACGGCGGCCAUGCUCCUGGGGAUGCGGCUGACGGACCCGGCCGACGGCCGCGUCGUGGAUCUCUUCGACCCGCGCAUCCAAGCGGGGGUGCUGCUCACGCCGAUCGGGAACGGCGGGGAGGCGCUCAGCCCCGCGGCGGCCGAGCGGUACGCCUUUCUGCGUGGCACGAGCUUCGCGGAGAUGCGCACCCCGGCGCUGGUGGCGGUCGGGGACGCCGACGCGUCGCCGCAUCUGACGGUGCGCGGGCCCGAGUGGCAUGCUGAUGCGUAUGUGCACGGCCCCGCGCCGAAGAGUCUGUUGACGGUGGCGGCGGCCACGCAUGGACUGGGCGGCAUCGCGGGGUACGAUGCUAGGGAGACGACGGAUGAAAGCGUCGAGCGGGUCGGCGUGGUGCAGCGGGUGACGUGGGCGUAUCUGCGGGCGAGGCUGUGCGGGGACGAGGAGGCGUGGCGGGAGGCGGUUAGGGUUGUUGGGGCCGAGCUCGAGGGGUUGGCGACGGUGGAGUCGAAGUGA